GGGAGAUGGAACAGUAUUUAAAUGGUGCGGAGGACCUUGUGCUGCCAGGAAACAUCAGGAAGAACACAGGACUUGCCUGGAGAUUUCUUCCCCGUUCUCAGAAUGCCAAACUGGGGUGGGGGUGCCAGAUGUGCCGCCUGUGAGAAGACGGUGUACCAUGCAGAGGAGAUGCAGUGCAACGGGAGGAGCUUCCAUAAGACAUGCUUCAUCUGCAUGAGCUGCAGGAAGGGACUGGACAGUACGACGGUUGCAGCACAUGAAUCAGAGAUCUACUGUAAAUCCUGUUAUGGUAAGAAGUAUGGGCCAAAAGGCUACGGAUAUGGGCAGGGAGCUGGAGCUCUCAGUUCUGACCCGCCUGGACAAAACGCAGAUCUACAGACUCAAGACUUCAAACAGCCAUCGAACACAAACACGAAUCCAAGCAAAUUUACUCAGAAGUUUGGCAGUUCAGAUCGAUGCCCUCGGUGUUCUAAAGCGGUGUAUGCUGCAGAGAAGGUGAUGGGAGCAGGGAAGCCUUGGCACAAAACUUGUUUUCGCUGUGCCCUGUGUGGCAAGAGCCUGGAGUCCACCACAGUGACAGACAAGGAUGGAGAGCUGUACUGCAAAGUUUGCUACGCUAAAAACUUCGGCCCAAAAGGAUUUGGCCUGGGGAACGCUGCCAUGCUGGAGGAGAGACAAUGAAACCAUGUUCCUCUUCGAGUGUUUGACCUCGUUUAUUUAUUUUUUUUUUAAUAGUGUAUUGUUACAUCCCAGCUGUGUUCAUAGAGACAGCCUUUAGUUUUACACUUGUCAGUUUAAUUAAACAGCAGUACGAGACCCUCUCGAGAGGUGGUGUCUUAUGCAUGCCGGUUUGAAGGAAGAUGGAUACGCCGAUCACAGAUGAGCUGUAAUUUAUUUUUCAAGGUUGUCGAUAUUAAUGUGACUCUAUAAAACCAGCGGCAAGCAUCAGCUUGUGAGCCAAUUCAUUGAUUUCCUUUGUCUUUAUAUGCUGCUGUCAAAAGAAGAUUAACAUCUCCUCAGUGUGCUCGAUUAAAUUAUUAAUAGAAUCUUAUUUGCAUUCAUAAAUAAUCCUGUGUAGUAAUUGGAAUAAACAAGGCAACAGUGAUUUCAAAGCACCUAAUGUUAAUCUUCCCAACAGCUGUCUAGCCAGCCUUGCAGAACAGAAUUGGAAGAUAUAAUAAAAGUAUAAUUAAAGCUGUUACCAUAUCAGAAGGAAUUAGGGCAUUACCUUGCACUGUUGCAUUACAGCUGAACAAAAGCAGUAUUUAAAGGUUAAUGACUUCAUUUUCAUGUGAGACAAAGUGCUUCCUUUAUCAGAUUUUCAAGACUACCUAAGACCUACACACAAACAGUACAAACAUCCAAGUUGUUUGUGCCAAAUAUGCAACUAGCAUAUUCCUGAAGCCUGAAAUUUAUUUAAUUUUUAAAGAAUGAUCCGUUAUUUCUAUGAUCACACAUAUUGUGGUCAAUUUCCUUCUUUGCUGUAGUAUUGACGGUGGUGGAGUUGUUUAAAACAACUUUUGCUUUGCUAAUGACAGAGGCUGGUCUGUGAAACUGUCCAAAUAUACGGCAAAGUUAUUCAUUUUAUAUGACUGAAGAGUGCAAGAGCACUAAUAGAGGACAAGUGAGUGGAUCGCUACCCUUACAACACAAACCUCAUCAACUAAGAAUCUUUCAGGGGGGAAAAUCGACAUGUCCUCCUGUGUUCUUAAACCUCCCAAAAAACGAUUUUUCCCCACAGUAAGAGGCUCUCUCUGUUAUGUGUAAAUUGUACAUGUGGAAAGAAAUCCAAACAAGGUUGAAUCAGUUCAUCUGGAUACAAUGUUUAUGGACAGAUACGUUUCAUCACUCAACUAAGUGACAUCUUCAGUGACAUCACCAGAGACCUUCAACAGGGGUCCGCCAAAUUAUUUGAUCCCAAACUUUUCUACCAAAAUGUCUUCCAAUAUGUCCGAAAAUACACAUUAACAUAAAUACAACCUAUAAUAAGCAAAGAUAAAUCUUCCUAUUCCUUAAAACAAUUACAACACUGAAGAUACCCAUGAAUCCUCGUGCAAUAAUGUGAUCACCCUGAAAGCUGAGCGCCAGCUAGCUAGCCUAUGCUAAACCACGCUAUGUGCGGCGCCAGUAAAACACUGGAAAUAAUUGCAUGUCAUAGUAGCCACAUAGGUACGUAUUA